AUGAAUUACUUUAAAGGAAAACUAGCUGAAAAGGUGCAUAUACCUGAAGUUGUGGAAACUGUUCGUGUUCAAGGCUCCAGCCAAUUCCGAAAAUACACAGCCAAUGUUCCCUAUCUCAACCAAACGCUACCAACAGCUAAAAUGACAGAUCGCAAGAGAACCAAAUUGUUAAAGAAGAUUCAGAGAAUUGCCAUGUGGUUGGAUAACGCUGUACCUCACUCGCCUAUUCCAUUAGGUCUUGAUUCUAUUCUAGGUUUCAUUCCUGUUGUUGGUGGUUCUAUGGGUGGUCUGUUCUCAUUGUAUCAAGUCUAUUUGUCUACAACAUUUGGUAUUCCAUUAUGGUUGUUCAUGCACAUGCUGCUCAACAUUGCUAUUGACUUUAUAUUCAGUUUGAUACCCGUGCUUGGCGGUUUCCUUCACAUGUUCUACAAGGCAAACAUUUACAAUUACGAAGAAUUGAAGGAUUAUUUGGAUUCACCAGAAUAUUUAAAGAGGGCUCAAAUGAGAGAGCAGGAGACGGCGACCUCCACUGCUGCUCCAGGAGAGAUUACUUGGACUCAGUUGGGCACAGAUGUAAAGAAUUUGGUGCCCUUCAAUGUAACCAAAAAGACUAGUGAUAAGAAACAAACGUAA